AUGGAUGCUAACUUUAUCAUAGCAGACCCCUCCCUCAUCCAUCCUGAGAUCGGCGGCCCACCCAUGGCUAUCCCCCAGUUCAGUGCACCCUUCCAGCAGCAGCAGCAGCAACCCCACCAACCUACAAACUUCCCAGCCUCACCCUCCGUCUCUUCCUCCUCCCCCAUGCUGCGAACCGACAGCGCCUCUCCCUUCUUCCAGAAUGGCGCCAGCUACCACCACACGCACACUCCCUACUCCCACAGCCCUUAUGCCACCCCCAUCGACCCCAACGCCCGCCGUCCGAGCAUGAGCAGCUUCGUCUCCCCCGGCUCGGCCGAGUACCACAGCGGCGACGAGGGCAAGGAGAAGCAGAGAUGCACAUACCCCGACUGCGGCAAGGUCUUCAAGGAUCUCAAGGCCCACAUGCUCACUCACCAGAAUGAGCGGCCCGAGAAGUGCCCCAUCCAGACCUGCGAGUAUCACACCAAGGGCUUCGCCCGCAAGUACGACAAGAACCGCCACACCCUGACCCACUACAAGGGAACCAUGGUCUGCGGCUUCUGCCCGGGAUCGGGCUCGCCUGCCGAGAAGUCGUUCAACCGCGCCGACGUCUUCAAGAGGCACCUCACCACCGUCCACGCCGUCGAGCAGACGCCCCCCAACAGCCGCAAGAAGACGCCCAGCGGAUCCUCGGACGGUGAGCAGAAGCUGACGGGAUACGCCCCCGACGCCACCGGCAAGUGCAGCACCUGCACCCAGACCUUUGCCAACGCUCAGGACUUCUACGAGCACCUCGACGACUGCGUCCUGCGCAUCGUCCAGCAGGAGGACCCCGCCGAGGCCGUCAACGCCCAGCACCUAGCCGAGGUCGAGAACGACAAGGCCGUGCUCAAGACGCUGGCCAGGCACAAGAUCACCAAUGUCAACCCCGCCGCCAACGACAUGGACCAGCCCUCUCCCGUCGACGUGGCCGACGACGACGACGAGUCGGUGGCCGAAGAGAUUGACGACGCCGACAUGGCCGACCCCCAGUCUCACGACGAAGACCCCAAGGUCUUUGGCGACCAGAGGGUCAACCCGCCCAACGGCGUGCAAAAGUCGCGCGGCCUCACCCACUCGAGGGGGGGCGUGCCCAUCAAGGUCAGGAGCAAGGACCGCAAGCCCAAGAGGUAUCCCGCCUCGUGGGGUGACAAUUCGCCCCACGCCGCCAACAUGAAGAAGCGCGUCCUCGCCUGCUUCGACGGCCCCCGCCGCCUGGUCAAGGAUGACAUGCUCCUCUGCGUCGACCACGAGAUGCGUCUCAAGCUUGGCGACGGCAAGCACUACGUCACCGACCUCGACGUCCAGACCGUCAAGCGCGCUGAGGGCUUCCUCGGUGCCACGGACGAGGAGAAGGGACCCUGGAUCUCGGAUGACCCCACCAAAGACCAGCUCAGGGAGAUGCAGGAGAUUCAGGACAUGCUCACUAUCGAGGGUAGUGCUUCUUCAUAG